UGCUAUAUAUAAAGCCUUGCCACAUUGUCAGUCUGCUCUGCUCCUGCCUCAGACCUACUGUACACACACAUAACACCCAAUAUAAUAAACAUCCCAACUACGAGUAACUAUGGCUCAGCAACCAGUCAGCCUUCCUGCAAAACUCAUCAAUGGAGGUGUAGCAGGGAUGGUGGGAGUCACGUGUGUGUUCCCCAUCGAUUUGGCCAAAACACGACUUCAGAAUCAACGCAGCAGCCAGAAAGUGUACAGAAACAUGUUGGACUGUCUGAUCAAGACGGUUCGGUCUGAAGGCUAUUUCGGCAUGUACAGAGGAGCAGCAGUCAAUUUGACCCUGGUGACCCCCGAGAAGGCCAUUAAACUAGCCGCUAAUGAUUUUUUCCGUCAUCAAUUCAGCAAAGGAGACUCCAGAUUAAGUGUAUUUAAAGAGAUGCUGGCAGGAUGUGGAGCAGGAGUCUGUCAGGUGAUCAUAACCACACCCAUGGAGAUGCUUAAAAUUCAACUUCAGGAUGCAGGAAGGCUUGUGGCUCAAAGGAACUUAGCUGUGAUCCCGGCUCUGAAGCUCGGAGGAGGGGGCACGGUCAUAAACUCCGCCUACGGCCUCGGACCAACCACACACCUUAGAAGAGUCUCGGCCCUACAGAUCACACAGGAGUUACUGCGCACUCACGGUGUUCAGGGACUUUACAAAGGUCUCGGAGCCACGUUAAUAAGAGAUAUUCCAUUUUCUGUCAUCUACUUCCCCCUGUUUGCUCACCUGAACCAGUUGGGAAAGCCAUCGGAGGCUGAAAAUGCGCCAUUUUAUUGGAACUUUGCUUCAGGCUGUGGUGCUGGCUGUGUAGCAGCUGUAGCAGUCAGUCCCUGUGAUGUGGUGAAGACAAGGCUGCAGUCGCUCAGUAAAGGCACACACGAGGAGACCUACGGCGGGGUGAUGGACUGUGUCAGUAAGAUCAUUCGUAAAGAAGGUCCCGCUGCUCUGAUGAAGGGCGCCGGCUGCAGAGCGCUCGUCAUUGCUCCGUUAUUCGGGAUCGCACAAGUCGUUUAUUUCAUCGGUGUUGGGGAAUUCGUCCUGGGACAGUUUCCCAACUUCAGGAUCUAAAUGCCAUAAACUCGGACACUUGAAGCUCUUGAACAUUUAAGAUGAAAGUCUGACGCAGCUACACUGUGACCAUGUGGAGAAUGACAUGGUGUGAGUUUGAGAUUUUCUAUGGAAAUGCUAACAUGCAGGUAGCUUUAUUAAGAAGCUGAGACAAUGCUGUUUUUUUUUAAACACAUCUCCAGGACCAGCCUUCAGUUUCCCUCAAUGAGGGAAGAGACACUUUAGACAAUAAUCAGUACUCCUUGUAAAAUGUCUUCAUCAACUUUACUCAUGAAGUAUAUUUUCUUUGAACUAUACAGUUGGCAAAUAAGUUAAACUGUAAGUACCUGUAUCCUCCAAAUUCUAUAGUGAUGUCGAUUCGACCUCUAAUCUAAAAAAAAAAAAAAAAAAAGAAAGAAAGGGGGAGACGGGAAGUUGACGAAGGCAUACUACACUCACUACUGAACCAAAGCCUUGGACAAAGGUGUUUUAAUCCUGUUUAAAAUGUGUAAUCAAUUUUCAUAGGGGUGGUUACAGGCCCUUAAAAAACAGAGGAUCUAAAAAGCUAAAUGCUGCUUAGAACUUUUUUUUUUGACUUGGUCUUUGCAGAAUCUAAAGUUGUGAUUUUGCGCUUUCAUUCGGAUCAAGUCAAGAAAAUAGUUUAAAGAUUGUUUAUUAUAUGGUGCAAAAUUAUCAGCGCUCUCUAGGUGGGAGGGAUGGUUUACUAUUAUCUCCCCUGUCAAUCAUAGCGACAUGGACAUGGGUGAGCUCGUGUAUGUGGAAGAGGGCAGAUAGCGCUUUAAUCAGAGGUAGUAUCCGUUAGCCUUCUCAUCUCCUGGUCCGUGCAUGUCGUAUAAAGGGGAGAACUGGGUGGAGGUCCGGAAUAGGUGGAUGACCAAACUGGGAUAAAAUGAGGGAAAAAUCUCUUGACAUUUUGAACUUAUUUAAACAUGUAUUAAGCUAGUUUUCUCGAACAUUACAGUGUUAAUCAGCGACAUACCUCAGAACCACUCAGUCGGGUCAUGGGUUACAGCGCAGUACAGACACUUGUCUAUCUGAUAUGUGGCAGAAAAAAAGGGGAGGGUUGUAUUCUGAACAGAAUGACAAAAGUUUAUUUUUUCUUUGGGAAGAUGUAAAUAAAAACCCAAAAUGAUAUCAAUUGAAUCAAUAAUACACUGUGA